GUUUCCUAACUCCAGUCUCCCCGGGGCAAUAGCAGAGCAGCAGAGAGCCAGCACUAGUCAGAUUACUCGGUGACUCAACCUAGGCCUUUUUUUCUUGUUAUCUUUGCAAAUACUUCAUUUUCUUAGCAUUGCAGGAAAUUACAACAUCCUGCAGUUCUGUUUCUGGGAAUUUUACUGAUUUAUCUCCUCACUUGAAGAAAAUAAGCAUUGAUUCCUGCAUUUCUGAAAAUCUCAAGAUCUGGACCACUGUUGAAAAAAUUUCCAGUGAGGCUCACUUAUAUCUGCAAAGAUGGGAAAAAAAUACAAGAACAUUGUUCUGCUAAAAGGAUUAGAGGGCAUCAAUGAUUAUCAUUUUAGAAUGGUUAAGUCCUUACUGAGCAGCGAUUUGAAACUUAAUCCGAAAAUGAGAGACGAGUAUGACAAAAUUCAGAUUGCUGACUUGCUGGAAGAAAAGUUCCCAGAUGAUGCUGGUUUGGGCAAACUAAUACAAAUUAUCAAAGACAUACCAACACUUGGAGACUUUGCUGAAACUCUUAAAAAAGAAAAGUUAAAAGCACAAGAACAAACCCCAUCAAAAAAGAAGAAGCAGAAAAUGGAUCCUGCUGUACCUGCACCCUCUGCAAUCAGCACCGUCAAAGCUGAAGGAGCAGAGGCAACUCCGGGAGAUAAGAAAAGAAAAAUCUCAACCAAAAAAAAGUCUGGAACCAAAAAGAGUAAGAUGUCAGAGGAGCAGAUUCAGCCUCCGUGUCCGGCAGAAGCCAGCAUGCUCACAGCUGUGGGCCGUUCCCCACCUCCCCAGCCCUCAUCAUCAGCUCCACCCAAUGCUUUCUCCAUUGAGAGCCCCAAACCAGUGGCCAGACGUCAGGCAACUGCCAGAAGAAGUAUUCCCCAAAAGGGCCCAGUGAUAGUGAAGGUACUGAGUGCAACAAAGCCAUUUGUAUAUGAGACCCCAGAAAAGGAGAAAAAAAUGAUGUUUCAUGCUACAGUGGCUACAUCAACACAGUUCUUCCAUGUGAAGGUUUUAAACAUCAGCUUGAAAGAGAAAUUCAGUGGAAAGAAAAUCAUCGCCAUAUCAGAUUAUUUGGAAGAUGAUAAUCUCCUAGAGGUCAAUGAAGGAUCUUCUGUAUAUGAAGCUGGUCCUGACCAACAGCUUGAGAUUCCAAAUAAAAUCAUCAGCAGAGCAAAGGAAACUCUGAAGAUUGAUAUUCUUCACAAACAAGCUUCAGGAAAUACUGUAUAUGGGAUAUUUACGCUAUGUAAGAAAGAAGUAAAUGAAAAACAGAAGAGUACAACCUAUGCAAUUGAGGAUGACAGAGGAAAAAUGGAUGUAGUGGGGACAGGACAAUGUCACGAUAUCCCCUGUGAAGAUGGAGAUAAGCUCCAUCUUUUCUGCUUCCGACUUAGAAAAAAGAACCAGAUGUCAAAACUGAUUUCAGAAACGCACAGUUUUAUUGAGGUAAAGAAAAAAACGAACCCAAGAAAUUAUGCCCCCAAGAGCAUGAAACUACCUCCAGAGCAGAGUCAGUGUCUAAAUACUUCAGAGGCCAGCACAAACCUCCCUGAGAGCCAUCCUCGGACUCCUCAGAUGCCACCAGUAACCGCAUCCAGAAGUUCCAACAUCAAGGAAAGUGAAGACCCAUUCCCCAAAGUAAAUGACCCCUGGAGGAUGCAUAAGGAAACGUGGCAGUUUCCAGGACCCUCCAUGACCAGCGUAGGCCCAGCUGGGAGCCAUCCCCAGACUCCUCAGAUGUCUGCAUCAACACCAAGCAGCAGUUUCUUUACUACGGUCUUAAAGAGGGAAAACAAGAAAGAGGAACUGAAUCCUGAUUCGUAUAUGAAAACUUCAUCAAACUCCUUCUUCUAAAAUCUGGACGCCAUUGAUAAUAAUGCUUAUGGAGAUAAGAUCUAGCCUGGUUGAAAUACAACACUAGAUAUAUGCCACUAUUAUAUAUACCAGCUAUUAAUUCUUAGAAAUGGGGUAUUGGGAGUGCUUUUUUAGUUCUUUAGGGUUUUGUAUAAAAGGCCAUAUUGUGCAUCUGCAACCUUUAUAAUUGGAAAAAAAACCAAAUAAACAUUAUCUUUCUUUGUGAAA